GCAGCCAAAGUGAAACAGGGAGCAGAAUUAGACCCCUGCUCUCAACAUGGAGAUGACUUCUAAACUUCUGCUUCCAAUCGUAGCGAUUUCCCUGCUCAUCACCUGCAGCCCGUCGGAGGCUUGGUACAAGCAGGUGACCGGACCGAACUACUACUCUGUGGGCAGGGCGUCCGGUUUGCUGUCCGGGAUCCGGAGGUCAUCAUCGUUUGUGAGGAGAGAGGAAAGCCCAUCAGAGAGCGCAGAGUCAGCAACCAGCAGCGUCUUAUCUCACCUACUCUCUCAUAACUCCGUUUUAAAGACCAUGCCUCUUUGUAUUAAAGACAUUACCCCAAACCUACAGAGCUGUGAACUCUUCGAGGAAAUCAAGGGAUCCUUGAAGUGCAAAGCAGAUGUUUUCCUCUCCCUGGACUCCUCAGACUGUGACGGAGACUGAUCCCUGUCCUUGGAUCAUGAAGCCAUCUUCUUAAAAGGACAGUUUUAAAGGAUGCCCAUGUUUAUUGUGACAAUGAUUUUGUUGGGAAACAUUUGUAUUUCAUGUACCUUUUUGUUAUUUUUUUUUUUAUGAUGAAAUGUAUAUUAUUGUUUAAUGUGUUAAUGUUUCUAUUUGGUCUUAGUUUUCAUUAAUAAAUGGAUAAUUAUGUGGAUUGGGUUGAAAAUAUCACAAGCAAAAA